AUGGAGGUUCUACAAGUGAUUCACUCUAACCUCCCCAAAAUUAAAGCGGAAUUGGAUACCUCGGAUAAAAAUGAUGCCCCAAUUACAGAAAAAAUACAGCUUGUAAUGAGAAUGCUGAGAGUGCUUGCUCGCUAUUUUAUAAGCUUACAGUCAAGUCCACUUCAUUUUUCAACCAAAACACAGCGUAAAGUCGAGGUUGCGUUAAGCGAAACAUGUAGCAGACUUUCUGUUUUGUGUCAGAAAGUUUUACAGACUCAUGCUGCAUCUUCGUUGAAGAAGGCAUCGACCAUACUGGAUUUGGAUCAAAUAUGGGCAUUUCCUACGGAAACUCUUCAACAGUUUAUGGGGUUGAUUCAACAAUUUGACAAUGAAGUUCUGUAUCCUAUUUCCUAUUCCUCAGAUAUCAGUUCCAACUACGUCAAAAUUAAAAGUGAGUGUUUGGUCCAGUUAUUAAAAACCCUAUCUUCACAAUCCGAUGCAGGACAAUUGAAUGAAGCAUCGAAAGACUUCUAUCGAGGAAAGGAAGAAGUUGCAAUUUAUUUGAUUGCGUUAGCUAGAAUUCUUUCUGCUACAGCUUCAGAGCUACUCCAAUUAUAUGAUACAGAAACAUCUCAAGCUUUAUACCAGCGAAUUGGAAAGAAUGUUAUUUCAACUGUUUCAAAUAUUAUACAUCAACGGGAAGCAGUUUAUGAACAACAGUCUGCUCUCGAGAAUCAUCCUCUGUUUCCACUGAUACAUUGUGUAAAGAUCACCGAGGAUUACAUGCAAAUGAAUAUGCCUUUCGAGGAUGUUGCUUUGCUUGGCUUAGUUUCUGGCGUCGGAAAGGAAGCGGAAAAAAUUAUUAUUGCUUCCUUAUCGAGUUUGUACAAUGGCUACUGCAACAGUUCUAGGCCUGUAGCACUAAGCACCAAUGGAGUUAGUGACAUCGCUCAAGGUAUCAUGUUAUUCUUAACAAGCUUAUGCCAAUAUAAGGAUUCAUUUUAUUUAUUAGAGAGUAUUGGUAAUUGGGGUUGGCGACAUGAAUUGGCACCGGAUUUGCAGCAAUCAUCGACAACACGAGACUUAGUUCAAAAUUAUGUUAUGGAUUGUCUCUUAUCUUAUCUGAAUUCUGUGGAGGAAAGCGCCAAAGCUGUAGAUACAAUCAAUUGGAAAAAGGGUAUAAUUCUCUUGAACAGUAGUGUCUAUUUCGAGUCUGCGUGUGCGGAUUCCGAAGUUGCAACCUACUUGGAUGACGAACAUUUCAACAACUUUUCAGAAUUAUCCCAAAAGUACUCCAGUAUGUAUAUGGAGGUUUGGCGUCAAUGUUCCCAAAACAUGUUGGACGCUACUUAUACGAAGGCAAAAGAAAAACCAAACAUGUCUACCAAAGAUAGAGAGGCAACCAAGGAGAAGUUCCGAAACUUUAAUGAACAAAUUACCAGUAUAGUUGAGAACCACAAGGAAUCCGUGCGCUUUGAGCCUUCGGUUGCCAGUUUUCUAUUGCAAGAAGUGCGGAAAACAGUUCUGCCUCUGUAUCAAAGAUUUUAUGACAAAUAUUUCACGAGUGACUUUACGAAAUACAAAGAAAAGUAUAUACGAUUCACAAAAGCUCAGUUGGAUUCAUACAUUACGGAAGCAUUCAAUCCUUCGCUAUCUUGA